AUGAAAGUUUUCCAAAGUCUUGAAGGUUACGGAGAAGGAACGAAAACCAAUGGAAAGAGGCUGCGAUAUGUUCCUGAAAAAGAUCGAGAGGAAAUUUUCGAAAAUUAUUUCAGAAUUUUAAGCGACGAGCCGUGGCUAAACUGCACUGAUAUCAAACACUGCACUGCUCUAGAAUACCAGCUGCUCGCUGAAAAGAUCUGGGCGGACAUGGCUUUCGUUUUACCAGCUUUUGAACACGCUCUUCUUUAUUCGGAUAAAUCUGCCUUUGUCGCUGUUUAUUACUUGAAUGUUGAUAUGAAAAAAAGCCAGAUUGAAUAUCCAAUUCCCGGAGCUGGCCACGCCGAGGACAUAAUGUUCAUGCUCGAUGUUCCCAGCAUGGAGCUCAAACUCAACGGAAAAUCAACGUCGCUUUGGGAGAUUCUUCAUAGUCCACCUUCAAACCCUUACAGGCCAGAAGAAUACAUGUACCACAUGGUGGAUAUUUUUGUCAAUCACUGGGCCUCCAUCAUCAAGCAUGGUCAUCCGGCCUCGCCUUGGCCUCAGUUUGAACGAGAAUACAAGCAUUUCGUCGAAUGGACGAAUAACGCCACCCAUGCGAUCGAAAAAGUUCAUUCUAAACUCCCGCCAACGAUCGAAUUCAUGAUCGAUACUUAUGGAAGCCUGGGAAGCUCGGCAACGGUGAUUUCUUCUUCUCUUUUUGCACUUUUCUUCGCGCUGCUUUUCUAG